GCUAGGCUGACGACAUGGAACUGUAACCCGGGGUGACAGAGCCAGACUCUGUCUUAAAAAAAAAGAAAGAGAGAGAUCAUCGCACAGAGAUUCUCCAGGGGGGGCCUUGGUCUUAGGAGAUGCCUGUGGAAGUAUCUAAGGUUGAAAUGUCAAAUUAGCAGACUUAAUUAACUAAUUAGUUAGUGGGGUGGUCGGGGAGAGAGCUCAGACACAGCAAGAUAGUCACGAGUCUUGGAUCCAGGUAAGGGGAACAGGAGGGUUCGUUGUGCUAUUCUGCAACUCUUCUCAAGAUUUGAAAUUUUUCUAACUAAAAAUUUCAUAUACCACAAAAUGUUAACAGGGCUUGAAUCCAGGUGACAGAAUUACAGGCAAUUUUUCUUUCUCUUUCCCUGUAUUGAUUGGGCCUGAACAUGUAUUAAUUUUAGUCACAUAUAAAUUUUUUCUUUUUCAAAAAAAUUCCAUAUUUUAGCUGAAAAAUGGAAGAGUUGAGUUUUUUCUAGGUGUUUGCAUGCCUUGGAGAGACAAGUGAAGAGCUCCAUAAUGAUCCCCCCAAACAAUAACCAAACCCCAAACAGCCCCCAGUGGGGCUGGGGGCUCAGCCAAUGAGGGUCUCCGGGCUCCCCUCCCCCACGCGCCCCAGGGAUCAGAGCUGUGUGAGCCCCAGGGACCCUGUCCACAGGGUCCUGAAAACCCCCAGCUCUGGAACAAGCUGCCUGCAGAAAGGGUGGAAUAAAUGUUGGAGGAAACCCUCGCAGGUCCCCAAGCCCUGGGCUGCAGCCACCCACCUCCUUGUGCCCCCUUCCCCAGGGUGGCUGGCCCUGGAGGCUGCUCCAGCUGGGGUGACCCGGUCCCGGUGGGGACCCCAUGCUCUCCACUCUCCUUCCUCCCCUCCCCCAGGGGCUGAGGAGCCCAACAGCCGGCCGACCGGACUGACAGGCAGGCGCAGGUGCUGCGGGAGGCGGGGCUAGCAGCCCGGGGCUUAAAGGCCCCGGCAGGGGCUCCGUGUGGGACUGGGGGUCAGAUGCCUCUCCGGGAUGGGCACAGGCGCGUGGGCUGCUAUUCCUGGGCUCCGAUAGUGGCUGUCUAUUUAUAGCGCCCGGGGUGGGGGGGUGCCUCCCCACACAGGCAGCAGAGGAGCCGCACUGCCGCACUGUCACCCUCCACUCGGCUGCGGCUGGCCGCCGGCACCUGCCACCCCGCCGGGGACAGAGGGGCCCGGUGCCGGCCAGGCCAGAUGGGCAGCACCAUGGAGCCCCCCGGGGCAGCAUACCUACACCUGGGCGCCGUGACGUCCCCCGUGGGCACCGCCCGCGUGCUGCAGCUGGCCUUCGGCUGCACCACCUUCAGCCUGGUGGCGCACAGGGGCGGCUUCUCGGGCGUCCAGGGCACCUUCUGCAUGGCCGCCUGGGGCUUCUGCUUCGCCCUGUCCUCGCUGGUGGUGGCCUGCGAGUUCACGCGGCUCCACGGCUGCCUGCGGCUCUCCUGGGGCAACUUCACGGCGGCCUUCGCCAUGCUGGCCACCCUGCUGUGCGCCACGGCCGCGGUCGUGUACCCCCUGUACUUCACGCGGUGGCAGUGCCCGCCUGAGCCCGCCGGCUGUGCCGCCAGGGACUUCCGCCUGGCCGCCAGCGUCUUCGCGGGGCUCCUCUUCCUGGCCUACGCGACGGAGGUGGCCCUGACGCGGGCCCGGCCCGGCCAGGUGGCCAGCUACAUGGCCACGGUGUCGGGGCUGCUCAAGAUUGUCCAGGCCUUCGUGGCCUGCAUCAUCUUCGGGGCGCUGGUUCACGACAGCCGCUACGGGCGCUACGCGGCCACCCAGUGGUGCGUGGCCGUCUACAGCCUGUGCUUCCUGGCCACGGUGGCCGUGGUGGCCCUGAGCGUGAUGGGCCACACGGGGGGCCUGGGCUUCCCCUUUGACCGCCUGGUGGUGGUGUACACCUUCCUGGCCGUGCUGCUGUACCUCAGCGCCGCCGUGAUCUGGCCCGUCUUCUGCUUCGACCCCAAGUACGGCGAGCCCAGCCGGCCUCCCGACUGCCCGAGAGGCAGGUGCCCCUGGGACAGCCAGCUGGUGGUGGCCGUCUUCACCUACGUGAACCUGCUGCUCUACGUCGCCGACCUGGCCUACUCCCAGAGGAUCCGCUUUGUGCCCACCCUGUAGCCUGGCGGCGGCAGCCCGCCCACCCGCGCUCUCUGCCGGGGCACCAGGUACUGUGAGGCUGAGCCGGGUGAACCGAGACCCCAGGGAAGAAGCAGGAGGGCAGCUGGGGGCACAGGACAGACAUGGUGCCAUGAAGGGACACGCUGGCUGCCCCACUUGUGGCAGAGGCAGGGCAGAUGGGCGGAGCCUCCCCUCUCACCAUCUCCCAGCCCUCCCUGGGCUCAGCAGCGCUAGUUGCUGGACCACGUGGGAAAUCUCAAAGCUAGUGUUUGUCACCACCCAUUUUGCCCCCAGUUGGAAACCCUGAGGCUAGAAGGGUUUAAGAGGCUCUGGGCACAUCUGCCUGUACCUGGGGACACCAUGCAGGCUGGGAAAUACAAGUUGAAAAAGGAAUGACCUCCAGACUUGCAACGAAGGGCUGGAAACGGACCCAGGAGAGCACCAGAGCCAAGUCACCUGAGGGAGGGGCGUCAAGGGGCAGCUCCGGAACCCGGGGAGGAGAGCCCAGCCUGGAGGCUGUCAGCCGGCACAGCAGCCGUGAAAUCUGGACCGGUCUCACCCUCUCUGCGGAGCCUCCCAGUAACCACAGCGUUGUUGGAAGCAGAGUAAGGACUGUGCCGUGUGACACAGGGCUGCCUCCCGGGGGGUCCGCUGGCUGUAGGUGGCACAGGUAGCCUGGAAGGCCCCGAAGAGGCCAGCAGCACCUCUAGGACCAUGGCGUGCCGAGGAGGAGCUGGUUCCAGCCCAGUCACAGAGCCCCCAUCUGGACGCCCACCCUCGGCUGUGACACAGCAGCUUCCGCUGUGGCCUGCUGGGCCACACUGGCCCAGGCAAGGGCCGGGCCAGGGGCAGCCUCUGGGUCAAAGCUGGGGCCCUGCACACCUCCGCUCAAGUGUCCAGCUGCCUGGCCACCAGGGCCAUCAUGCCCCUUGCUCCAGCCAGCUCCUCCUGCACAAGAGCCCGGACUGGACCAGCCCGGAGCUGCCCACCAACCGCCCCCAAGCCCAGGGUGAGGGCAGCAGCACGGCUGGCCCUGGGGUCCUAGAGGAGGGAAUAAAUGUCAGCGUGGACUUGCACCCUG